CAGAACCCGGUGCUGCAUGACCAUGGCAUCAAUAGCUAAAUUGGUUGGGAAAGUGGCGCUUAUUACAGGGGCCAGUUCUGGUAUUGGUGCAGGGACAGCUAUCUUGUUUUGUAAACUGGGAGCGGAGGUUGCCAUUACUGGCAGAAAUGUAGAAAAUUUGUCCAAAACAGCAGCUGAGUGUGAGAAAGGAAAUGGAAAGAAGCCAUUUACCCUUUCUGGCAAUUUGAACGAUGAAGAUUUUGUGAAACAGCUUGUUGAUGAAACAAUUAAGCAUUAUGGAAAACUGGACAUUCUGGUUAAUAAUGCAGGAAUAGUAAAACCAGGAACAAUAGAAACAACAUCGCUAGAGCAGUAUGAUGAGGUCAUGAACAUCAAUGUCAGAUCUAUUUAUCAUUUGACUAUGCUUGCAGUUCCUCAUCUCAUUAAAACAAAAGGAAACAUUGUGAAUGUAUCCAGUGUGAAUGGAAUUCAAUCAGUUUAUGGAGUUCUAGCAUAUUGCGUGUCAAAAAGUGCUUUAGACCAAUUUACAAGAUGCACAGCCAUAGAGUUGGCUCCAAAACAGGUCAGAGUCAACAGUGUUAAUCCUGGAGUGAUUAUCACGGAGAUCCACAAAAGAGGGGGAAUGGAUGAGGAGGUUUACCAGAAGUUUCUAGAGCACUGUAAAACUACACAUGCCUUAGGACGGCCAGGCCACGUGAUUGAGGCUGCUAAUGCCAUUGCCUUUCUGGCCUCAGACAGCGCUUCCUUUAUCACGGGAGUAAUGUUGCCAGUAGAUGGUGGAAAACACAGACUUGUGGAUCAUAUGCCGACAAAAUAUAAAGGCAUAUAACUCCAUGAAAAUACCAUAGAAUCAGAGCUCUUGUGCAGUGUGCAGAGAGUUCUAAAGC